ACAAAACAAGAAAUCAAGUAGCCGAGGGAGGUCGUCUUUUUCCUUAUAAACGACUCUUCAACAAAGCUUAAUCACCGUGAAAGAAAAAAAAACUACAGAAGGGAAGGGACUCUCAAAAAAAGAGGUAGAAGAGAAAGAAGAAGAAAGAAAGAAACACAUGGACUCAACAUCAAAGGAGAGAAAGAGAGAAGAUUUAUAUCAGAAAUACCAAUUACUUCGUGACGCCACCAACUCUACUGCUAUGAACAAAGCUUCAAUCAUAGUGGAUGCAUCAAAAUAUAUAGAGGAAUUGAAGAACAAAGUGGAAGAGCUAAGCCAAGAGAGUAUUGGAAGCACUUCUACUUCACAAGUUUCAAAUGCCCCAAAUCCAUUACCCCUGCAGGUUACGGUGGAAACCCUAGCCAACGGUUACCUAAUUAACGUGUUAUCUGAAAGGAAUUGCCCAGGCUUGCUUGUCUCCAUUCUUGAAGCGUUUGAGGAGUUGGGGCUUGAUGUGCUUGAUGCUAGCGUUUCUUGUGCAGACACUUUUCAACUUGAAGCUGUUGGACAAAAUCAAGGGAGUAAUAUUGACAGCAUGGAUGCUCAAGUGGUGCAGAAUGCAGUGCUGCAAGCUAUUGAGAGCUGGAGUAGUAGUGAAACUGGAUUUUGAUUAAUUAGUUUCAUCUUCUCCUUAAUUUCUCUCCUCAUAGUAGAGAAAUAUCAGCUGGUAAUCAAGACAUAUAUGGAGAAUGAACAUGCAAGCAAAGAGUCCUUCACCAUUAAUAAAUUUUGUUGAUUUUUUAUCAACCAAAUCUUUAUACCAGUCUUGGUUAGGAGGUUUGCAUUCAAAGAGUGCACCUUUACUAUAUCUAUAUAUGGAAAUGUACUUCAAGUUUGUGUCAAUGAAAAUAUAUAUAUGUACGCGCUAUGACCUUCUCAUAAGUAUCAUACAAUCAACUCCC